UCAGUGAACAAUUGUUUCAUUUUCCUAUCAGCACAAUUACAAAUCUUUUCAUGCCCUUUAACCCAUCUGGCUGUCAAGAUCUACAAGAAAAACGGAUUAACACCAGAAAUGGAUCCUUGCUUAUUUAUUUAUUUAUCCCCCGCCUUGUUCCAGGUAGGAUUUUACGUGGCUUGCCCAGAGUGACAAUACAGCCAGAUAGCAUCAGCCCUGAAUUCCGCAGCAGGGCAUACAAAGUCCUUUGUGAGCUGCCCCUACCUGUCUCCCCAGCACCAUCCCCUGCUCCCGCGCCACGUGAACAUACAUUCUGGCAACACCGCACUACCUUUAGUUACCAGAAUUUUUCACUGCGUUUUCUCUCAUGUUUUUGAGGCUUUUUAUAUGCUGUCCCCUCUGCCUGAAAUGCCCCUUCUUAGUCAGUUCUACUCCUCUUUAAGCUGGGGUCCAAGCAUCAUGUGCUCCCUGAUCACCCAGGCCAACUUAUACACUCUGCUCUAUGCUCACCCGUCACUUAAACGCGUACGGUUCCCCUCUAAACCGAUGUUCCGUGAAGAUAGGGGCCUCCUCUUUCCAGCGACAUAUCCUCAUGCUUAAGACAGUACUAGACACAUGGUAGGUGCCAGAUAAAUAUUCCUUGGUUGAAUGAAUGAAAUCUGGCAUCAUCUUUCUGCACUGGCUGUGUCCGUGUCAUCAGAGCAAGGUGCUGGGGGAGCCUGUGAGGGGUGCUUCCGGCGAUGUGGUGAUGGCUGUUCUGUCACAUCUGUUUCUAGGAACGCCGUGGAGGCAGCCUGGACAUAAACGACGGGCACUGUGGCAUGGGCAACAGCAGCGAAAUGAAUGCCGCCCUCAUGCAACGGAGACACACAGACCCCGUGCAACUCCAAGCAGCCGGGCAGCGAGUGCGGUGGGCCCGGGCGCUGUACGACUUUGAGGCUCUCGAAGAUGAUGAGCUGGGAUUCCACUGCGGAGAGGUGGUUGAGGUCCUGGACAGCUCCAACCCAUCCUGGUGGACUGGCCGCCUGCACAACAAGCUGGGCCUCUUCCCUGCCAACUACGUGGCACCCAUGAUCCGCGAACGUUCCCCAACGAAUUCUCUUCCCUGUGGCUGCGAUGGAGAAAUGGAGGCCCUGUGAGAACCGAGCACUGGGAAACGGAGCGGUUUUUCACAAAUCCCCCACUGGCUUACUUGAGUGUAACAUCUGUUUCCCCAGCAACCAAGAAAGCAGCAUCCUAGACUCUGUAAAGCGCCCGGAGAAGCCCCGGCUGAGAAUGGCAGAUUUCAGAGCCACUGUUUUAUGGUUACAGGGGUGUCUCUUCAGGGCUCUAUUUGUUCUCCCUCUUGGUUUCCUGUGUUUUGAAGAUGCUUUGCCCAGCAACACAGAGAGAAGCCCACUCCUCAAGAGCACUGGUUGAUUGACUGAUUGGCCAUGACCCUGGGUGGCAGCUGGCUUGGAGAGAGCUUCCUGUUCCCUCCAACUGUUGGGCCACCGCUGGCGCCUCCCCGCCCCACAAGCUGCACCUGGGAAGGAACCCCACGGCCACUGUCUCUCCUUCACCUCAAAAUAGACUCGUGUCUCCCAGGGCUCAGCCUGGGCGCGUGAAGCGCAGAUCAGCCUGGCUGGGGAGCAGGGACACUGGAGAAGGAAGCUCAGUGUCGUAGGGGAGCCAGAACAAACGUGUCCGCCCGGAGGGCGUCUAGGAGGAGUGGUGGGCGGGUAUACGGAGACCAGAAGGAAAGGGCUCAGGCGGAAGUGCUGGUGAAGGAGCUCCGGGGUGGGUGGGGACCUGUUGCUUCCUCUUCUUCCCAGCCCUUCCUGCUCUGAGGAGGGACGGGGCAGCCAUCACCCAAGGUGACGUAGGAAGAACGGGUUUCUGACUCAGAAGUAACUGUCAGUGUAACGUAGGCUAUGGCCUGUUGACUCUGAGAUCUGCCAUUCUCUGAUCCCCAUGUCGCCUUUAGAGAAAAAGAGAAAAAGAAAAGACUCUGUGGUGGGUCUUGGGAGGGAAGAGAAAAUAGCCUGAGAGGCAGGGGGAGUCCAGCGAGUGAGGAGGGGUCUCUGGAAGUGAAAGCGCAGGAGGUAGAAGGGAACGGAGACAUUUCAAAAGAUCCAGGAGCAGCGUGAGAGGCCGAAGGGAGGAAGAGGGACAGGAGGUGAAGUGGGACAGGUGAGGAAGACACUGGAGUGACAAGCUGGGGGCAGAUGAGGCACGGGCAGGAGGGACAGAGGCUGGUGGGCAGGACGAACCUGGACGGAGGAGACACUGCAGGAACCAAGGCAAAAGAACAAAGGCCAAGGAGCCCGGAUAAGCUGUUUCGGUGCUGGGUGAUGUGAACAGGUUACAGUAAAUAAAAGCCAAAGUAAUGUUUGAUUUUACAGUACUUACAAACCAUAUGCUUUCAGCGGUCCACGAAGUUGGUCCAUUUGUCUGAUUCUGUGGGAGGAUCAGCCCCAGGGAAGACAGAGGGAAACGACUGGGUUCUGGCCUGGGUUUUGUGCCUUGAAACACUCCUCAAGAAAGCAGUAAUAAAACAAGUGCCUUUGUUUUGCUGGG